AUUAAAUUCUAUGCUACAAAAAUACCCCCGUGUUCGGAGCCCAACGGCAAUAAGAGAGAGAAAGCACCCCAAAUCUCAAUGGCUUCUUCUUCACUCUCUCUCCCCAACCCCCAACCCCUUUCUCUCCCAUCCCACUCUCAUCACCAUCACCCUCUCAGAAAACCCCACGCCCUUGCAUUCUCUAAAAAUUCAAUCUUUAACCCAUUAGCCAUCUCACUGUCAAAAACCCACCUCAAAAUGAGCUCAAAGGCGGUGCCUUUGACCGUAAAGAGCUCCCUAAUCGAUCCCGACGGCGGAACCAUAGUGGAUCUAGUUGUUCCGGAGGCGGAGAAGGCGGCGAAGAGGGCAGAGGCGGCGGCGAUGCCGGCGGUGAGGAUGACGAGGGUGGAUCUGGAGUGGAUCCACGUGGUGAGCGAGGGGUGGGCGAGUCCUUUGAAGGGGUUUAUGAGGGAGGAGGAGUAUUUGCAGUGCUUGCAUUUUAAUUGCCUGAGGAUGGGAGAUGGGUCCUUCGUUAAUAUGUCGUUGCCUAUUGUGCUUGCGAUUGGGGAUGAGGAGAAGGAGAGGAUUGGGGGUGAUGGCGGUGACGUGGCGCUUGUGGGGCCUGAUGGGGAUUUUGUUGCCAUCUUGAGGAGAGUUCAAAUAUACAAGCAUAACAAAGAAGAAAGGAUUGCCCGAACAUGGGGAACAACAGCUCCUGGACUGCCUUAUGUUGAGGCAGCAAUUACUCCAGCCGGUAAUUGGUUAAUCGGUGGAGAUCUUGAAGUGCUAGAACCCAUUAAAUAUAAUGAUGGACUCGAUAAUUAUAGACUUUCUCCUAGAGAACUUCGCAAGGAAUUUGACAGACGCCAAGCUGAUGCUGUAUUUGCUUUCCAGUUGAGGAACCCAGUACAUAACGGUCAUGCUUUGUUGAUGAAUGAUACUCGAAGGCGGCUUCUAGACAUGGGAUAUAAGAACCCAAUCCUACUACUACAUCCUUUAGGUGGGUUUACUAAGGAAGAUGAUGUGCCCUUGGAUGUGCGUAUGGAACAACAUAGCAAGGUUCUGGAGGAUGGAGUUCUAGACCCUAAGACUACAAUCGUGGCAAUCUUCCCUUCACCAAUGCAUUAUGCUGGGCCAACAGAAGUACAAUGGCAUGCUAAGGCGAGAGUAAAUGCUGGGGCAAAUUUCUACAUUGUUGGUCGUGAUCCUGCUGGAAUGAGUCAUCCAACAGAGAAAAGAGACUUGUAUGAUCCCGAUCAUGGGAAAAAAGUUCUUGGAAUGGCUCCUGGCUUAGAGAAGCUCAACAUAUUGCCUUUCAGAGUUGCAGCAUAUGAUACAGUAGCAAAGAAAAUGGCAUUUUUCGACCCUUCUCGAGCUAAAGAUUUUCUCUUCAUCUCUGGAACCAAGAUGAGAACAUAUGCAAGGACAGGAGAGAGCCCUCCUGAUGGUUUCAUGUGUCCUGGUGGCUGGGAAGUUUUGGUUAAUUAUUACAAAAGCUUGCAAACUGAAGAAGCUAACCAACAGCCAGCUACUGUAUGAUGAUACGCUUUUUGUAGAAGAGAGGAGCUAAAUUAAAUUGGAAGCUUUUGGUGCAGAAUUCUUAUUCGCUUUGAACUCAAAAUUUAGUUAUUCUGAUGUUUGAUUUGUGAUUGUUUUCAUUUUCCUAUCAUUUAUUUUAUACGUAAGUGUUUAAUGAUUUUGGUGAGAAACAAAGUGAAGCAAAAUAAGAUGGAAUUGCGUAAUGACAAGCAAUCGCUUGUCAAAAAUUUGUUCUUCGAUGUGCUAUUGAUUUUCUUCCAGUUUUUAUGCAAGGCUUAGCCGGAGCUUUGAUA